GCAACAUUGGGACUUAUGACCGUAUUCAUAAUCAAACAAAAUAGAAAACUCCAUAAAAACGAUAGUGAAACACGAACGGAAUAUCACGUAUGUACCAUUACUCAUAGUUGAACAAAACCCGCCAAAACGACACAGUUUACUCCCAAAACGAUCCAUCCAUUUUCUUCCAUUUCUGCCCUUCUUGAAAACCUGAGAUAGAGAGAGAAACUAGGUCAGCUGGAGCAAAGGUAAAGGGGCCAGAGGAUCCGCUCAGACACCUAGAACACUGACGAAAAAGCUCCACAGAUUUCCUCUUGCAAUCCGACAAUGGCGUUCGCCACUCGCCUGCUCUCCAGAUCAAUUCGCCAGGUGUACUCUGGGCAAAGUGUUAUGCGGCCGGAGUGUGUUGUUGCAGCUCGGUCCUUCGCCAAGGGAGCUGGAAAUUCUCCCCCUGCUUUGAAGGGUGAUGACCCUAAAAAUAUAUCCUCAUCUCAGCAUCGGUCACUUGAGUUAAAUUUGAUCCUGGCUUUACUUGAUGUUGUGGUUCUGUGCAUCAUUCCUAAGGCUAAACUUCAAAUUAGUCUCAACAACGUAGCCCUUGUAGGUUUCAAUUUUGACAAGUCGCUGAAUGAUUUGCUUCCUAAAAUGACAUUUUCUGAGUUUCUGACUGUUACACAUUCGUCUGAAGAAUUGUUGAAGGGCAUAUUUCUUGAGGUGAAAAAGAAAUUUGAGACAGCCAUAGGAGUCAUUCGGAAAGAGAAGAUCACCAUUGAUCCUGAUAACCCUGCUGCUGUGGCUGAAUAUGCCAAAGUCAUGAAGACUGCUCGAGAAAAGGCUAAUCUUUUCUCGGAGUCAGAGAGGAUCAAAUACACUAUUGAAUCUCAAACCCAAGAUAUACCUGAUGCUAGAUCCUAUUUGCUGGCCUUGAAGGACAUUAGGGUCAAGAGAGGCCUUGUUGAUGAACUAGGUGCAGAGGCCAUGAUGAUGGAUGCUCUGGACAAAGUGGAAAAGGAAUUGAAAAAUCCACUUUUGAGAAAUGAUAAAAAGGGAAUGGCCCUCCUUAAGGCAGAGUUCGACAAAGUCAACCAAAAGCUCGGCAUUCGUAGAGAAGAUCUGCCAAAAUAUGAGGAGCAAUUGGAACUUAAAAUCGCAAAAGCCCAACUGGAGGAGCUGAAGAAGGAUGCUGUUGAAGCCAUGGAAACUCAGAAAAAACGGGAUGAGUUCAAGGAUGAAGAACUGCCUGAUGUGAAGUCAUUAGACAUCCGAAACUUCAUCUAAAGCUGAAAUUAUGCAGCUUAUCUCCGAUUGAAGAAUACCGAAAACACUGGAUAGAUUGUCGUUUUAUUAAUAAUGAUGUCGAAAAAUUGCCUAGAUGCUUUGGAGACUUUGAUUUAUCGAAAAACACAGCCUUCUUGUUUGAUGCAGUAUGUCCUGAAAGAAGCAAUAAUUGUGCCCUAUUUUGACCUUGAUAUUCACUUUGCAGCACAGCUUCCUGAAAUAUAUGAGUUUCUUUUUUUUCUUAAACGAUGCAUUUCACGUCUGAUUUAGUUCCUUUGUUUAUGCUGAAAGAAGUGUCUCCUUGUGAU